AUGGAGAGAGCAAUGGACAGGGAGACAGAGGGAGAGAUGGAAGCAGAGACAGAGGGAGAGACGGAGAGAGCGAUGGACAGGGAGACAGAGACGGAGGGAGUAGAGAGAGAGACUGGGGUAAGGGUGGGGGUCGUACAGUGCGUAUGGCAGCCUUGGAGAUGUUGCUAGGUGUGUUGUCAGGGCUAGCCUCUCUGUGUACUGGGUUCUAUAUUCAGACAGCAGGGUUCACCUGGCCGUUCAUCACAGCAGCCGCACUACACCUGAUCAACCUGGUAUACACAGCGUGGGUACUGCAGGAGACUGUGGAGAGACCCUCGCACACAGACUCAUCUUCAUCACCAUCAUCAUCACCGACACGCUUUCUCCAACGAGAAGCCCUGAUUGGUCGGUUUCAGGGUGUGUAUCUGUUAUUCAUCGCGUCACCAAGGAGGAGGAAAACUGUCCUGGGACUGAUACUGGCGGCCUUUGCUUUCUAUACGGUGUCUAAGCUGGGUGGUAUGUCCAUCUUCAUCCUGUAUGAGCUGAAUGCGCCUCUGUGUUGGAGUGAGGUGUUGGUUGGCUAUGGUUCAGCCUUGUCUACACUUAUCUACCUGGGGAGCUUUGCAGGGGUGUCCCUGCUGUCGCGCUGUCUUCGAGACGGGUAUAUAGUACUGCUGGGACUGCUGUCUGUCGCUGCAGGGCUACUGAUGGCUGCCUUCGCCAAGAGCACGCUGCUCAUGUUCCUAGUGCGGCUGCCUCUCCUUCUCUCCAUCAUGCCUGCUCCUGUUCUGAGGUCCAUGAUGUCCAAGAUAGUACUCCGCUCUGAACAAGGUGCAGUGUUUGCCUGUGUUGCGUUCGUGGAGAUGCUGAGUAUAGGUGUUGGGAUCACCGUGUUCAGCAGUACCUACGCCUCCACUGUCUCCUGGUUCCCUGGAUUCAGCUUCCUGCUGGCCUCAGCCAUCGCACUCAUACCGGCUGUUCUGAUUGGGGUGGUAAUGUGUCUGUCUGUCUGUCUCCAGGGUGGUAAUUUCCACACUGAGCUCCAGGGUGAGCUACCAAUGUGUCUACCUGUCUGUCUCCAGGGUGGUGAUUUCCACACUGAGGAUGAAGAGGCCAUUUACCACAGCUGA